GCAGGGUGUGGGUCAUUCACUUUAGAUGAAGUAAAAGCUGACAGCCCUAGCUCACUCGUCUGAGAAUUUUUAAGGAAAUAAAGUUUUAACAAUGGCUGUGAUAUUUCGUAUUGUGGUGGGGCUCCUGAUAACUGUGGUUGUAUCAGGAAGUCUACUGUUGAACGAAAAAACGAAACCAAUCGAACUUUUAAAACGAUCGAUCACAUGUAAAGAUAAUGAAUAUCUGCAUAACAAUGUGUGCUGUAGAAAAUGUCCUGCAGGUACCCAUGUUGCUGAGCACUGUUAUAAGCACGGAAGUCAGGGAGUCUGUGAAAGAUGUAUCGCUGGAGAAGGUUUCACUGAAUAUCCAAAUGGAGAAAACUUUUGCUUCACUUGCAAGAUGUGCAGAGAUGAUGAAGAUACAGUCCGAGAAUGCACCCAGAAAACAAACACCAUAUGCACAUGCAAGCCUGGGAGGUAUUGUCACCCUGGUGAACCCUGCGAAAUGUGCAACAUAUGCACAAGCUGCGGUGCAGGACAGCGAAUGUUACACCCAUGUAAUGCUACCAGCAACACUGUUUGUGAGGAUGGUUUGACCUCGACACAAAAGGCACCUAAAGAUGCAACUGUAGACACAGAAGCUAAGGAUAAGGGCACUUCAGGAGAUACAAAUACACUCAUUUAUGUGAUUGUGGGAAUCUUUAUUUUGAUGGUCUUUAUAUUAUUUUCUACAAUUGUAUUGAUUUGUAGAACAAAUCGAACUGGAAAAGGAACAUGUGGAAAUCAUGAUGCUGGGAGUCCAGACACACUCUCUGUUGUAACCACUGAAGAGGAACAAGACCAAUUACUUAAUGGACCAAUCCCUUCUUCUGUUACUGAGACUGCGGUGGAACAUCCUCAGAAUUCUGCAGACCCACCUAACAGAGAUCUCACAGACAUAGUCAUAGAUGACGACAAUGUACAUAAGAUUUUUUACGCUUUCAUUAAUGCUGUGCCAAGCAAAGACUGGCCAGAAUUUGCAAGAUACAUAGGUUUAAAACAACAAGAUUUUGAUAGUAUCAGCUAUCACAACAACCCAAGAGACGAAAAAUAUCAGUUGCUUUACAAAUGGAGAGCACACAAUGGCAGACACGCUAAUAUAAAAAUACUAUUUAACGCUCUUGAAAAAAUGAAACUGGAAAGUUGUAAAGAAAAUGUCAUUAAUGAGUUAAGUAGUUAAUAUUAACACCAAGGAAACAAAUGUAUUUGGCACCUAUGGAACAAACAGCAAAUCUAGUUGCAUCAUUCAUGUGGUUAAAACAAUUACUCUAUAGGUGGAAAGGCUUCACAUUUUUCAGUUUGAAACUAUUCCAUAGUGAUCCAACAAUGUCCUUGCCAGAUGGUUCAUGUAUUAUCCAUUAAAGGGACACUGAACCCAAAUUUUUUUCUUUCAUAAUUCAGAUAGAGCAUGCAAUUUUAAGCAACUUUCUAAUUUA